UUUUAAAAACACUUCAACUACAAAACACGUGUAAGAUAACACCGCACAAAUUAAUUCAAACGAAAAAUAAAACGUUUUUUCAACGAAACAAUAUUUGCAAUUCAAAAAAAUAAACACUCAAUACAAACUGCGCAUAUAAAUGUUUUCGGCAACAACUUUGUGAUUUUGGAAAAACAAAUUUUGUUUGUGUGAAAAUAAUAUUUUUGUACUUUUGCUAUCGAAUAUAUUCGUAAUAUACAUAUACCACUGCAUACACAUACAUAUAUAAACAAAAUUGGCGCUUACGUUAAAACCAACUAACUAUACACACCCACAACGACUUGUUUAUACAAAAAGUGCCAAAUUUCCAACGAAUAACUAGAUAUUACAAUCGUGCACUGUGCCGCUUUUAUGGACUACGUACACUACUUAACACUACAUAUUUUGAAAUAUCAUAAUUGUCAAGUUCAUUGCUACUAAAAGCCGCAGCAUAUUAUUGAAAGUGUCAAGUUCGUUGCCAAAUUGACUAACGUACAACUGAAAUCAACGCAAAAAUUGUUUGUGUGGCGAUUUCGAAAAACGCCAAUCGCCGCCGCUAAGCGUACGAGAGGAGUUUUUCAACAACUGCAAUCAAGCACAUAUUCGCAAUACCUGAAGUCAUCUUAUCGCUUUAUAAGUAAACUGGAGCAGUGUGGCGGCUAAAAUGGGCACUUUUGAGAAACGCUCAUUCUCCUUCCGAUUGCGGCGUUCGAUCGGCGAUGGCGGCAGCACGCACAGCAAGAAUAGCAAUAACAAUAGCAGCACUUGCACCAACAACAAUUCGUUGUUGUCACCUGUAACCAGCGCCAAACUGGAGGUGCCCAAUUCCAGUGCGUCGGUAAGUCGACGCAGCAGCAUCUACAAGAAGCCGGACAAGGAUGAUAGCGGCGUCAUACACAUUGUACCGGACAUUGAAUUACCAUUAAUGGCUUUCUCCGAUCAGUACGAUAUCGAAAAGACUUUGGCGGAGGGCUGCUUUGCGCGUAUACUACUCACUCAUCAUCGGCCCACGAAUACGACAGUCGUACUGAAGGCGGUGCAUGCUGAAUUGGCCACACUGAAGGAUUUCCAAAAAGAGUUUCAUCUCAACUAUCAGCUCUCACAUCAUCGUAACAUACUUAGCGCCUACAAUGUGGCCUUCCAGACCAAGGACUACUAUGUGUUUGCUAUGGAACAUGCGCCGUAUGGCGAUUUGGCGGCCAAUAUCGGACCGCAUGGCUUGCACGAGUCCGCUUGCAAGACCAUUAGCGAGCAGCUAAGUUCCGCGCUCGGUUUCAUGCAUUCGAAGAAUUUGGUGCAUCGCGAUCUCAAGCUGGAGAAUGUGUUGGUCUUUGCGCCGGAUUUCUCGCGCGUCAAGCUGUGCGACUUUGGUACGACCACGAAGAAGGGACUGCUGGUGCAUAAGGUGAAGCACACAUGGACUAGUUGCGUGCCGCCCGAGGUGCAUGAGAUUGUCAAAAAUGAACGCUUCAUCUGCAUGCCAUCCAGCGAUUCGUGGCAAUUUGGCAUUUUGUUGUACAACAUAUUGACGGGCAGUCCGCCGUGGAACAUGGCCGAUUGGGUGAAAGAUACACAAUAUGCGAGCUUCAUGAAGUACGAACAGCGCAAGACGACAAAAAUACCCGACAACUUCCGACGUUUCUCGCCGCGUCUAAUGCGUUGCUUCCGCAAGUAUUUAACACAAGAUCCGGAGGAUCGUUGCAAAGUAACCGAGGUCACGAAAUACAUGAAGGAUCGCUGGGUCGAAUGCCGUAUAGCGACGUCGAAAUCAGCUUUGCUCAUUUCACCAAAUCCCGAUCAGGAUUCGUGCAUCUACUUGAAUAAGCGCGAGGGACGGUUAUCGGGCGAUGACAAUAAGCUGAAGUUGAAGCGUAUGAUGUCCAGUUAUGGCUUGGAUAAUUCCAUCGAUCAGACAGUGGUGCGCAGGCGUGUCAUCGAAUGGCUAUCGACGUGCGACAGCAAUUUCGAUUCGGAGAUAGAAAGUCUAGCUGCACUCGAGGUGGCUAAUUAGGAAGUAGUAGGCGCGUGGAAGGAUACGAGAAGCGCGCAUUAAAAAUUUGGUUUAAGUUAUUGAAUGCGUUUGCUUGCUUGCGGCAAACAGCGUUGAGUAGCGGAGUAGCGGCUAAUGCAACUCUAAGGGCAACAGUUCUGGAGUACUACUACGCGGCGGCAUAAGACAUCAAUGAUUACGCCGACAUAUGUAUGUACAUAUGUGUGUAUGUAUAUAUGUAGUAGGUGAUCAUCACGAAAACGAAGAGGUGAAAAGAGGAUGUUGGUAGAGGCGAGCAAUUCAAUACAGGUCAUAUCGACAAUAAGUCAUAAUCGAGUAUCAACUCUGCACACAAGAAUUUAUUGUAUAAGAUUACACGAAAGAGAGAGAGAGAGGGAGAUGAAAGUGAAUCGUAUUCGCGUAAUGCGCCAACUGAUAUACAACACUUAUACGAUUUAAUGAAAAACAACUCAGAAAAUAUACAAAUGUAGGCAACUAUAGCAUACAAAAAAUGUUUCACUUUCAAGCGUCGAAAAUAAUGCAUUAUCUAAUUUCGAAUUUUAAUUCCAUGUACAAGUUUUCACUGUAAAUUAGUUGCGUAGAUUUAGAAAAAAAUGUGCACGUAGCUACUAAGUAUGUGUGUAUGUAUGUAUGUGGUAUAUUUUAGGUUUAAACGACCAAUACAAAGAUUUGAGUAAAAAAAAAUGCACCUCUGGGGUUCUAAAAUUAAAGUUGAAAAGGAUUACUAUUUAUGACAGACACAUUGAAUAUAUUUUAAUACAUUUUAAUAAAUUUUGUUUUUGUUUAUUUUGUUAUUAGGUUUUAUUUUUGCAU